GGGCGGGUUAUCAACAACAGAGUGGGUCUGUGGAGGCAACCUUACGGAGCGACAGAGCCGGAGUGUUGUUUUCAAAUUGCUAGAAGACACCGACUGGAGGGGGGUAGGGCCUACGGAGAAGAUGGCGGAUGUAGAAGGAGAUGAAACUCGGCCAGCUUUCCCUGCAUCGGCGUCCCGUAACGGCCCGGUUGUCGGUUCGUCAGCGGGCUCCGGAGGCCACACGGCGGCCACGGUCAUGUCGGGUCCGCGGGUGGUGAGGAUCGUCAAGUCGGAGUCGGGCUACGGUUUCAAUGUUCGCGGUCAAGUUAGCGAAGGGGGACAGCUCCGGAGCAUCAACGGGGAAUUGUACGCCCCUCUUCAGCAUGUCAGUGCUGUUUUACCCGGGGGUGCGGCGGACCGGGCUGGGAUAGCGAAGGGUGACCGGAUCCUGGAGGUUAAUGGGGUGAGCGUGGAGGGUGCGACGCAUAAGCAGGUGGUGGACCUGAUCCGAGCGGGAGAGAAGGAGCUGGUCCUGGCGGUGCUGUCGGUUCCACCCCAAGAGGCUGACGGGUUGGAAGGAGGAGAGGACGUCCAACCCAACUAUGACUACAGUGAUAAGCAGGCCGUGCCUAUCUCCAUACCCACCUACAAACAUGUAGAGCAGCACUCGGAGAGGUUUGUGGUGUAUAACGUGUACAUGUCGGGUAGACAGCUCUGCUCAAAGCGCUACCGGGAGUUUGCCAUCCUGCACCAGAACCUGAAGAGAGAGUUCUCCAACUUCAACUUCCCAAAGCUUCCCGGUAAAUGGCCGUUCUCCUUGUCUGAACAGCAGCUCGACGCUCGGCGCAGAGGCCUGGAGGAAUAUCUGGAGCGAGUUUGCUCUGUACGGGUAAUCGGUGAGAGUGACAUCAUGCAGGAGUUUCUCUCUGAAUCAGAUGAGAACUACAACGGAGUGACAGAUGUAGAACUGCGGAUAGCUCUACCGGACAAAACCACCAUCUCUGUGAGAGUCCGCAAGAACAGCACCACAGACCAGGUGUACCAGGCUUUAGUGAUGAAGAUUGGAAUGGACAGUAUUAUGGCGAGCUACUUUGCCCUUUUCGAAGUCAUCAACCACUCCUUUGUGCGGAAGCUGGCGCCUAAUGAGUUUCCCCACAAGCUCUAUGUGCAGAACUACACAUCAGCGGUGCCGGGGACUUGCUUGGCGCUCCGCAAAUGGUUGUUCAGCUUCCAGGAGGAGGAGCUGCUCCGAGACAACCCGCUGGCACUGCACUACUGCUUUCACCAGGCAUUGGAUGAUGUGAAGAAGGGAUUCAUAAAAACAGAGGACAAAUCCUACCAGCUGCAGAAACUGGCAGAGCAGCGCAAGAUGGCCACGUACCUGAGCCUGUUGCGGUCAUGUGAAGGCUACAACGAGGUGGUGUUCCCCCACUGUUCCUGCGACUCCAGGAGGAAGGGGCACGUCAUCACCGCUAUCAGCAUCAAUCACUUUAAGCUGCAUGCUUGCACAGAGGACGGCACACUUGAGAACCAGGUGAUAGCUUUCGAGUGGGCGGAGAUGCAGCGCUGGGACACUGACGAGGAAGGGAUGGCGUUUUGUUUCGAGUACGCAAGAGGAGAGAAGAAACCUCGCUGGGUGAAGAUCUUCACUCCAUAUUUUAACUACAUGCAUGAAUGCUUUGAGAGGGUCUUUUGUGAGCUGAAAUGGAGGAAACAGGUUGAGGAAGAAGCAUCUGACAAAGACAAUAAAAACUGCAGUAACAAUGAGUAUCUGCCUCCUCUGGAGACACAGCAGAAGGGAUGGCGCCACCUAGGGGGAGAGAUCGCAACAUCCUAAAACCAUCAGUCCUCAUCUAAUCCAGAAUUGGUCCACUUGCAUCAUCACAGCCACUUCAGAGCGCCCAUUGACAAACACAGACCUGAGUGACAGACUGAGGUGAUCCACGCCCCGAAACAAACGGAAGUGACCAAUUUGGGAAAUAGGAACCGUCACACUUGACAAAAAAAAAAUCCAGGGAUACACACACUGCAAGAAGAGCAAUGAAGGAAAAUAAACAAAAGCCAACUUACAUGUCAUUUACUAGAUCUCCAUAGUGUGUCUUUUGUUUUCCUCCAUGCAUCUGCCCUGUGAUGUGAGGCACUGGCAGGACAGGACAGACACAAACACCUGAUGAUAUACAUAGUACGUAGAGUGUGUGACCGGCUGGAGCCCCCACGGUGCAGAGGGAGCACUUCAGAGAUACCCCACUCCAAUGCGGGAGCCCAUAUCUGGGACGGGAUCGUGACAGUCACUCUGAAGCCUUCAGCCUGGCCCUCAUCUGCAGAACUGAGAAGAGCUGAUGGGGGUGAAUAUAGGGAGGGAGGGAAACGAGGUAAAAAAAUAUCAGGGGGGGAAUUUCACUUCUUUCACAGGCAGUGAUUGAACAAAGUCAUGCUUAACACUGAUGCUGGACAUUGACACAAAAAUGUUUUUAUGUGUGGAAUCAGAGGUAUUCUGUCAGAAAACACAAAUACGACUAACUGAAGACAUACAGGAGACAUGUUCAUAAUGUGUUUAACCGUUUUAAUUCUGAUAAAAUGUAGGUUAAUAUAAGAGCUAGAGCAUUUGGUUUCUUGGUCUAACAUUGAAAACUAACUGCAUUCAAGCUGCUCUUAAUUUUUCACAUUUUCUGCUGGUUUUACGCACACUCCUUCAGAACGACAUCUGUUGGGAGUCGGCCAUUAAUGUCAGCAUGGAUAUUUAUCCCCUCCCAAGUGUUUUAUUGUGGUGAUUCUGCAGAGCUUGGAGGUUGAGAGGCACAGGCUUUCUUAAUUGUCUGCAGCAGACAUUACCUCUUAAACAAAACAUUUGGGGGUUUUUUGGAUCAAAGCAUUAAUGUUUCAGAAUUGUCUCACAUUCUGCAUGACAAAAAACUGACAGAUUGCAAAUGAUCUGUGUUAGCAGAUUCUGUGACAAACUAGGACAGGUUAAGGUGCAGUUUUUCCAGCAGGCAGCAGGGAGCAGCAGAGUGUAAGCGAGCUGUAGUGGCACAUUCUGAGCAGAAACUGAAUCUGAAUCUUCCCAGAGCUUCUUAAAGAGCGAUCCCUCGGGCUCUGUAACUCACCCACCAAAGUAUCACUCCUCUGCAGUUUGUCCAUUAACCACAUCAGGAGGACAGAUGGCUUGUGCGAGUGUGUGAGUGUGUGUGUGUUACAGUGAGGAGAUGGUGCAUGAAGUAGAGUGACUGCAACCACAGCCACCAGCAUACAUAGCAAUGCAGGCGCCGUCUGCCUCUUAUGAACCUAAAUGGAUUCAGUAUUAGUUAUUUGUCUGUGUGUAAAGCACACAACAGACGAUACAGGAGUUUUACUGUUUGCAAUGAUUUCUUUUAUUUGUUGUUUUGAGAAGCAUUUCAUUUUUUAUUAGAUGAAGAUAAUGCAUUUGUGAUUUUCUUUAUCUGUUCAAACAUUUGAAUCUGUCUUUAAGUGUGUAGAGCGCACUAGUUUAGUUGGAGGUUCUGACAUAAAAACAGCCUCUGUUUGGAGUUUGUAACUGUAUUAAUUUCACCUGAAUGCAAUAGUUUUGUUUAUCCCACUAAGGGCUAGUAGUAGUCUUUACCAUACUGCAUAACUCUUCUGCUUCCCUCGCCUUCAGGCAACAACCAAAAAACUGAAACUCAGAGUGAGCACGGGUUCCAAGUUUCACUUUAGUAAACACGGUGUUUUUGUUUUCCACUCGAGCUCAGCUUUUGGUUCAAUAAAAUGUUUAUUUCAUGCUUAGAUUUAGCUCUAAUUUGGUUUCAGUCAGUCUUACCUUGGAGCGUGCUUGUAGAUGUAUGUGUGCUGUGUGUGUGUGUGUGUGUCCUCUGUGUUUAUCAUUGACAUUGCUGAUAAGCUUUUAGGCUCUGAUUGGACGUGUCUGAUGAGCUGUCGGCGUUAGAGCCAGCAAAUGAAGAUGGGGUUUUGUAUCUGUAAGACACCAGACAGAUGGAGACAAAUGGGAGGCGUCUCCUAUUGUCUGGCUAACAUUCACAGCAUCUCACCAGCUUUUUUUAGCAUAACAUACACACACACACACACUCGCACACACACUUGUCUCCUCGCUACACUAGCUUUUGGGGUUUAACGAAAGUAUUAAGGGAAGCAUCACUGAUUUUCUUCUUUCUUUGUUUGUUUUUCCUUAUUGAUUUGUAGGCUCUGAGGACAGGCCUUAGUUACACAUGAGGUUAUAUAGGAAUUUGUGUGAUUCUGCACAAGCGUUUUUAUGUUUGUUUUUUUUGCAUUUCCACAAACAUCCGUGCGGUGUGCAGUUAAGACUGCUGCAUUUGACAGCCAAAGUGACAGCCAGUUUAGAGAUGGAUGACAGAAGAAUUGGAGGUGUUCAGGCAUGACGUGUUGUUUUGUUUUUUGUUUUUUUUCUUUGUAAAAGGUAGGGUAGAUGGAUAGAGGUGUGUGUUGGCCUGUCUGUCCUCUGCUCUUACUCUCCAGGUUGGUCUCCCACCAUCACAAGGGGAUGUGGUUGCCGUGGCAGCACCACGUUGGCGCAACACACUCAGUGCAGCCUCUGUUUUAUUCCUGUCAGCCAACUGACUCCCUCCUCCCAAUAAUGUAUUCUAAGCAGUGUUUUUUACUGUUUGAUGUUUGUUCUCUGUCCCUGUGGCUUGUGCUGCUGUGAAUACGCUUUUUUAGAAAGCUGCUGUUUUCAUUUGCUUUGGGUUUUUUUUUUUUUUUUCUUAAUUUAAAUUUUUUUUGGUGUGUGUUUUGGUUUGUCUCGUCUUAGCUAAGUGCCAUCUUAUGCGCAGUCAGUCACAGGCAGGUGUGCGUACCGUCACAUGUUGUCCGUUUUCAGCCAUCGGUGAGGUAAAUGUCAUAGUAACAGUGUUUAGGUGAAAGCAGAGCGAUAACAGGAAUGUUAAGAAGCACGUCUUUGUAUGGUUGGCCCGUGUUUGAUAUGUUUUUGGAUUUUUUUUUUUUUUAUUCGUCAGUGUUCGCAGUGCUGUGGAGCACCUGUGUUUGUAUUCGAGAUGCUGGACAGCUUGUAAGUGAAUGAUUCUCUACUAAAAAAAUAUAUAAAUAUAUAUGAUUGACUUUCACACUGAAGCGCAUUGGAAGGUACAAUAAACACGGCAGCAGCAGAACAGAUACAGGAUGGAUUUGUUUAUGGAUGACAUGUGAGGCUCAAAAAGUUUGUGAUCCCAGCCGCCACUGAUGCGGUCACCUAAAUGAUGCUGUUGCUAUGGUAACACACCAGCUUUCUGAGCCUCGCGUGUCGGUCCAGCGUUCAGUGGCGGUUAUCGUUUGCAGCAUUUCACACAAGGCUCUGGCUCCGGUGGCGGCGUUUAUCUUUUCUAAGACACUGUUGCUUCAGUCAGACCCACUGUGUCGGCCUCCGCAGCAGCAGCAGCGCUUUUGUGUAGACGUAAUGUUCGUUGACCUCCCGGACGACGCAUCCGGUUUUCGGGGGCACGAUGCUGAACCCACGUUUCGACAGACAUGGUCCAACCUUUGACUAACAUGACGGGUGGAUGUAAGUGCUGUUUAAAAAGUGUUAGCCUUUGUGUAAUUUCUGUUCGUUGCUUUAAAAACACAGGAGUUUUCCAUGGAAAGUAGGCAAUGACAUUAAUUAAAAACCUAAACCUUUGUUGUCAGUCUUCAGCAUAACCUGUAUAUAGUUGUUUUAAAAAGAAAAGAAUAUCCUUUGGACAAAAUGCACUCUUGUUUCUCCAACUCAAAACUUUUAUUUAUUUAAGCAGAAAUUAUAAAGAUUGGGGAAAUGAUAGUGUAAGAUGCUAGAGCCACUGUUGAUCAUUAAUUUUAUGCAUUAGGGCUGGUUGUUUGGAGGAUUAGCUAGCUCCACAAUGAAGCAAACAGUUUAGAAGACAAGCAGCGUCACAUUUACUAAAGACAUCACUUAACAACUGAUGCAGAACUAGGCUACAAAACGGAGAGUUUUAUAUCUAAAA